GUCAGUAAUUGUGUGCAGGGAGCAAGAAAAUCAAAAGAGUGAUUUAACAAAGCAAACAAACGAAAUGGAGUUUUAUGAGAUUCAAAGUGACGCAGGUGAGCUGCAGGUCGAGGAGUGAGGAGCACAAACUGAAGCAUGUUUUUUUUUCCUUUGUCAAAUUCCCCACAGGCGCGUUUGCACAGAAAACAAUACAAACUACUGCGCCACGCUCCAACUCGCUCUUCUCACUGCAGCGACAAAUAUAGAUAUUAGCUGAUAAUAAAGUGAUAUUGGAGACACUACGCUGCGGAAGGGAGCAGGUGCUGAAGCUGCUCAGGCUUCAUCAGAAUGGAAGGAAAUGCUCGCCGAGACCCAGAGCGCCCACGGGACUCCGGGGAGCAGUCCAACCGGGCCAUCCUGCCCCUCUUGCAGCCACCUGGCAACCAACAGUCUCACAGGAUCACUAACUUUUACAUCGACAACAUUUUGAGGCCGGACUUCGGCCUGAAGAGGAAGGAUGGGGCUCCGGAUCGGCAGGGAGACGCUCUUGGAGUGCUCAUACAAAGAGAGGAGCUGACAGGGAGAAAGCCUCCCAAAAGUGCUAACCCUCGGCAGGGUGGAGCAGGAGGCAAAGAAGAGGAGAACCCAGGAGAGCAUGAAGACCAGCAUCCGGACAUUGACGCCAGGAGGCCCGGCGAUGUGGCGGCUAAUGACUGCUGCCGCAGCCCUCAGGCCAGCACUGCCACAGCGGCCAAAUCGAUGCUGUGGCCAGCUUGGGUGUAUUGUACUCGCUACUCGGACCGUCCGUCAUCAGGGCCCAGAUCUCGCAAACCAAAGAAAGCGCCGACCCCGAGUAAAGAAGACAAACGGCCCCGGACGGCCUUCACCGCGGAGCAGCUCCAGCGGUUAAAAACAGAGUUCCAGAACAACCGCUACCUGACCGAACAACGGAGGCAGAGCCUGGCCCGGGACCUCGGUCUCAACGAGUCUCAGAUCAAAAUCUGGUUCCAGAACAAGCGUGCCAAAAUCAAGAAGGCAUCCGGGAAUAAAAACUCUCUGGCGCUGCAUCUCAUGGCGCAGGGACUGUACAACCACUCGACAGCCAAGGACGCCAAGUCGGACAGCGACUAGAGGAUGACAGUUGACUCUGAACAUGCAAUAAAAUCACCAGCGUUCAU